CACACACAUCUGCCUUGGGACUGCAGUGUGAUCUAUUCUGCCUCCAGCUGAUCAGCACUCCCUCCGCUCACUGACAGCUCCCUGUGCUGUGGAGACCCCCGACAACAUCAGAGCUAAGGGGGGCACUUUUUUUAAUUUAUUUUUCUAUUUUAUUUUUUAUUAUUAUUAGCAUUUUUUUUUUUUUUUUAUAUAUUCCCUCUCGGUCUUUUAUUGCCAAAAAAAUAAAUAAAAUUAAAUUAAAAUUGCUUUAAAGAGUCCGAGAGAAAAUGAACCCGCAGUGCGCCCGCUGUGGCAGAGUGGUGUAUCCCACCGAAAAAGUCAACUGCUUGGACAAGUAUUGGCAUAAAGGAUGUUUCCAUUGUGAGGUUUGCAAAAUGACUUUAAACAUGAACAGCUACAAGGGGUACGACAAGAAGCCCUACUGCAAUGCACACUAUCCUAAACAGUCCUUUACCACUGUGGCAGAUACUCCAGAAAACCUUCGACUGAAACAACAGAGCGAAAAUCAGAGUCAGGUAAAAUAUAAGAAAGACUUUGAAGAAAGUAAAGGACGAGGCUUCAGCAUUGUCACAGACACGCCGGAGCUACAGAGACUCAAAAAGACCCAAGAGCAGAUCAGUAAUAUAAAAUAUCAUGAAGACUUUGAGAAGACGAAAGGAAGAGGCUUCACCCCAGUACCAGAUGACCCAGUGACGGAGAGAGUAAGGAAAAACACACAGAUUGUUAGCGAUGCUGCUUACAAGGGCGUCCACCCCCAUGUAGUGGAGAUGGACAGACGACCAGGAAUGGUUGUAGACCUUAAGGUUUGGCGUACUGACCCAGGUUCUAUUUUCGACAUUGACCCACUGGAGGACAAUAUUCAGUCUCGGAGCCUUCGUAUGUUAUCUGCCCCUGUUCUCCCUGGUGCCUACCAUCCUUCCCAGUCUCAAGGCUUUGGCUACAUGCCGCAGUCCAGUAUGUCCUCUAUGAGGUCAAUGCAUUCUCCACAUGCACAUUCAACUUCUCCAAGUAUGAGAACAUUCAGAGCCAUGUACGACUACAGCGCUCAAGACGAUGAUGAAGUUUCCUUCAGGGACGGUGACUAUAUUGUCAAUGUUCAGUCAAUUGAUGAAGGAUGGAUGUACGGGACAGUGCAGAGAACUGGGAAGACGGGCAUGCUGCCAGCCAACUAUAUCGAGCCUGUUAACUGAGAACCGGGCGCUCCUUCCCGUUCCGGCAAUCGGCAUACAUUUUAUUUUUAUGUGAUGGAUCACCACGAUCGUGGAUACAAUUAUUCUUUUAAAAAUGUGCAAAACUAAGUUUAAUUUUUUUAAGCACUAGCAUCAACCUCUAUGACAAUACAAGAAGCUUUUAGAUAAAAUGCUCUUCUCCUUGUAAGAAUUACAGGGACUAUACAAACAAACCGUCCUAGACUUAGUUGAAUGUUGUAUAUUCUAAUGGGAUUUUUCUUCCUUAUGUGACCUAUUUUUUCAUAGUUAACCUCAGAGGGCUGGUAAUUGCUGACAAUCUCGGAUAUAGCAGUGGCAUAAUGUAGAUUAUAUAUAUAUAUAUUUAGGAUUAAGAUGUAUUCAGAUGCUUCUGCUAUAUUCUCUUCUCUGUGCAUUGGUUAGUAUUGCACCAUUAGUCAAAUGGAAUUUAACCUCUCAAAAUUUUAUUCUAAUUUAACACUAAAUAAUAUAUUAGAAUGAUAAGAAUUUAGUAUUUAUAAUCAUGAUAUAGUCCAUACUUUCCAAAAGUUCCUUGUGAUUGCAUUGAAACUGAAAGGAGAUCCCCAUUGUACA